AUGUCUGCUGCAGGAUACGAUAGGCAUAUUACCAUUUUCUCGCCCGAGGGCCGUCUCUACCAGGUGGAGUAUGCCUUCAAGGCCACAAAUCAAACCAACCUUAAUUCCAUGGCUAUUCGAGGCAAGGACUGUUGCGUGGUGAUAAAUCAGAAAAAAGUACCAGAUAAGCUCCUGGACGCUUCUACGAUGUCUUACCUAUUUCCCAUUUCGAAGCACGUCGGUAUGGUGGCGAACGGACCGAUUCCGGACGCCAGAAACGCAGCAUUGAGGGCCAAGGCAGAGGCCGCAGAAUAUCGCUACAAAUACGGCUACGACAUGCCUGCAGAUGUGCUGGCAAAGCGUAUGGCCAAUCUGUCUCAGAUAUACACUCAGAGAGCAUACAUGAGACCUCUUGGCGUGAUAUUGACCUUCGUAUCAGUCGAUGAGGAAUUAGGACCCUCGAUAUACAAAUGCGAUCCUGCUGGCUACUACGUUGGCUACAAAGCCACGGCAACCGGCCCCAAACAGCAGGAGCUCACUAGUGCUCUAGAGAAGUUUUUCAAGAAACGCAAGCUCGACCACGUCGAUGAGGACUCGUACGAAAAAGUGGUGGAGUUUGGCAUUAUGCAAAUGAUUGAUGCGUUGGGCACAGAUUUCAGCAAAAACGAUCUGGAAAUAGGUGUUGCUGUUAAGGAUAGCUUUUUUUGCCUCACUCCUGAACAGAUAGAAGAAAGACUGGUUGCCAUUGCCGAACAAGAUUAA